UAUUGAUAGGAUUCAUAACAUUCAACAAUUUUGUAACUUGAAUAAGAAACCACAAAAAUGUAAAAAAAAAAUGGAAAUUUUCUACUGUAAUCAAUAUUGUGUAUACUAUACAUGGUAAGCUGCUUGAAUUUGAAAGAUGCAAUUUUCUCUCAAAAUACAAUACUAAUGUAAUUGUACAAAAUACAAUACUAAUGUAGUUAUUCAACUUUCAAUAUUCUAUUCAAGGUGAGAUGAAGAUGAGAGUAUUUUAACAUAAAGCCCGAAUACAAGUAACACACUUAAAAAUCACUACAGUAAAAGAGGAAAUGAAAAACCUCAAAAUUAUUGAAGUACAGUUUAAGUAGUGGAGCAGCCAAAAAAGAUAAAUUUGGCACCUUUAAAAAGGCCUCAGUAAAGAAUAAGCCAGAUUAAAUUCCACGGAAUGGCAUUCUCCAAAAUAAACCUUGCAAGGAAACAACAAAGGUCUGAAACCACCACAGAAAUAAAAAAAUAAAGAGAACAAAACUUUCAGGCAACAAAAAAAAGUGCCAAAAGCCUACAAGCUUUGCAAGGAGUACAAGGCAUCCUGUAUAAUGAUCUCCCUCAAACUCUUUUGAGCACUCGACACCUGCAAGCAAUACAGAAGCAACCUUCACAGCAGAAAGAAGAUGAUGUUAAACCUCACUUUCUCAACUUUAACUAUAAUAGUGGUUCACUAGCUCUCAUGUAUGGUGACGGCACACUAUGAAAGAUCCUCUCUAAUGUAGGGAGCUACAUUGAUUACAGUAAAAGAAAAAGAUGCCUUGCCCAAAGGUAGUUUUACCCUACCGCCCAAAAAGUGCUGACAACAAUAAAAGAAAUUCUUCAACUAUGGGGGGGAGGGCAAAGUAAAUGCCUGUCUACUGCUGACUGAAGAAUCAGUAAAAGGAAAAAUGAAGGGAAAUAAUUGUCUACCCUUACUAUCUUUGUAUAAUGACCAUCAGCCAAUUUAUAUAUAUCUUCUUUUUUCACUUAAUAUUUAUUCACAUAGGAUUGUUUAACAUUCAACUACCUAUAGUGCAGCUAAAUUAGAUUAGAUUAGAGAAGGAGUCAGCUUCUUUACCACUUGCACACCGUGACCAGUAUUGGCAUAUUGUGCUUCUUUGUUAUAGUAAUGAGUUCCUCAUUAAGCUUAAGGUUUUUCACCAGAUCCCAGAGCUUUUUCAAGGACUCCCCUGAGUAAGAAUCUCAGCCUACAUAGACCAACAGAGGACAUCUUCCACAGAUUCUACACACACCUUCGGAGUCUGCAGCCCAGUUAGCAGUCCGACUAUUGUUCUAGUCCGAACAUGUCCUAGAUUUAGUAGUUCUACUGUUAGUUUCUGCAAUAGUCUUUUGAUUGAUGAACUUUUUUGCGUGCCUCUUCCUGGGCUAUAUUACCAUUGAACAAAGGAGUUAUUAGAUCAAUAUUUUUAGCAGUUUGGUUGCCACAAAAGGUCCACAGCAACAGUGCUCAGCAAUAAAUAAAAAUAGCUGUGGGAACAUUUUUGGCUUUGGCCCCCAACUUUUCUUAAAAGGGGUUUACAUCUACCAUGUGUUUCUCUGUGAUUUUAUUUAGUUGUUCAGUUGAAAGUCUUUGUUCAAAGCUGAAUCGUUGAUAUUUUGCCUCUUUAGAGAAAAGAAUUCCAUUUAGCACAAAAGGGUGCUUCUCCUCACUCCUCCAGUGUCAGUCACGAUGAUUUGUUAUGGCUUACAAUCCUUUCUCUCUGACAAAAUAGAAUGUAUAUUAAAAAUAAACACCCAAAUAUUGAAAGCAGCUUUAUUUAUCAAAACUUUGUUACAAUCAUCCAACUUAUAAUUUAAAAAAAAAUAUAAUACAAACAAAAUUAUUUGGUAAUUAUACACAAAACAAUUACCUCAAUUUACUUAUGGGUUAAUACUAAUUUGAAUUAAGUCUUGGUGUAUGAUAUGAUUUUCAUACAUUUAAUAGCACUUUAUCGAUCAAUUAUAUUUGAUUAUUGUUGCCAUAGUAUUCGUUUAAGCAGAACUAAUAACUAGGAAGUGCCACAAUUGAGAGAAGUAUUGCUGACUCACAGUCUAAUCAAGUUUCAUAAGUCCUUAAUCACAAAGUCAUAGAGUGAGUAAAAAUGUUCUUAUUUAUCAGCAUUGUUUGGCAAAAUAGCGAAAUUCAGAUAAGUAGAUAUUAUAAAAAGUCAGCGGAGUAGUGGAUAAUUCAUUUGCCGAACACUUGCAAUUACAAACCUGCAAAGGUAGAUCUCUACAAUAUGAGACUUGUAUUUCUUAUUUCAACAUUUAUGGCCAGUUGUUCUUUUGCCAAAAAAUUACCAGGAAAUGCUUGCAAGAUGGACUUAGAUGAGAUGACAAUCAACACACCCUUGUUUCGGAAUGCCAAAGGAAGAGAACUGAUGCCUGAUGGCAACGACUUGUCAAUUUUUGGAUUAAAAGAUGGUGAAACAGUUGAAAUUAGUUGUUUCAGCUCUGGGAACAAACUAAAUCGUUAUUCAACAAAGUCAGUGAAUGGUACUUGUACAGCGGGUGGAAAAGUAAAAACGAGGAGAGGUGUUUUUCCAUUGAAUUCAUUUUCAUGUAAUCGGCCAAUGUAUCCUAUUACAAUUUAUAGAGGGAGUUGCAACGGCCCAAAGCGAGGUCGAUUUAUUGAUGUUGGAUAUAAGGGAGACAAUGGAGAGUUUAUAAAAGGAAUGUCGAUUUGCCACAGCAAAGAAAGAGGUGAAACAUACUGGGUAUAUUCUGUGGUUUUUCCAAAAGUGUAUAGGCACAGGGUAAAACAUCUUGGCAUAGAUGAGGAAAUAAAAAUUGGCCAAGUUAUUGAUAUCUAUGGGUCCAUUGUCCGUAAUAUUUCUGAGGUCUACAAUGCAGAGAUCACAAGGCUUGCAAAAAUGCCAGCGUUACCUCCGACUUAUGUUGAAGCAAUAGUUCCAGGCUUCUUGAUUCCGCCUGAAGACUUCAUGAGCUACAACAUGCAAAAAAUGUCAUUGUACUAUUUAAAUACAGUCCCACAAUGGAAUUCGACCUACAACGGACCUUGGAAAUUAAUUGAACAAACGAUUAGAAAAAAAUACAGAGACGAUUCAGAACCGAUAACAAUACUUGCUGGAACUUACGGUAUAAAAACUGGAAACCGUAAGGACCAGGAACUUUGGCUGACACAAGGCAUGGUGCCCUACCCUAAAUACCUAUGGAAGGCUAUUUUUCGUGAAGGAAAAUCACUCGUCUUUUCUAUUGAAAAUGGGCCAUCGACGAACAAAGCUGGGACUCCUGCAACACCGUUCACAGAAGGAAUCAGUUGUACUAGACGAGGUUGGAAUUUUGGUAAACUUAGUGACAAAAUAACAUGCGGCUCAGUGAAGAAGCUUAUAUCUGUGAUCGGUCAAGGAAAUCUGCCUCAUAACUUUAUCUACAUGGUUGAAUCUAAAGAAAAAAUGUCAAGGAAUAAACACAGGAGUUAUUAAUAGAAGAAAAAAAGUGUUUUUAUUCAUCUAAACAAUCCUUUAUUAAUAUGUUAUCUA